GUUUUACUUGAAUUUUGGAAAGACAAGAUCCUGUUGAUAUGUGAACCCUAGAAUGUCCACGUGCUAACUCAAUAUCUCACUGCGAAGAACAGAGAGAGAAACGCACGAGGAGAGACACUGGGUCGUCGCCGUUGCAGUUGCCGAAGUCGACGUUGAGGAACCACAUCUCCCUAAUCUUCUUCUUCUUCUUCGCUUUCGUCGCAGCAAAUGGUAAGCGGCUUUCGGGGCCUCCGUGCGUGUUGCUUCCGCUUCUCUCACACGGCGGCGAUUCCUCUCCCCAUACACUCCUCCGCGCUCUCUUUCCGCCGCCGACUGUUCGUCACCAACUGCUCAGCCUCCGUCGCCGGAAAAAAGGAGAAGGUAAUCGUGAUUUCCGGCCCCACCGGUGCCGGCAAAAGCAGGCUCGCUUUGGAGCUCGCGAAACGCCUCAACGGAGAGAUCAUCAGUGCUGACUCUGUCCAGGUAUAUCGAGGACUUGAUGUUGGAUCUGCAAAGCCUUCAUUGAGUGAAAGAAAGGAAGUGCCACACCAUUUGGUUGACAUAUUGCACCCAUCUGAAGGAUACUCUGUUGGGAAAUUUUUUGAGGAUGCAAGGCAAGCUACAAGAGAUAUUCUUAACAAUGGCCGUGUUCCAAUAGUUACAGGUGGGACUGGAUUAUACUUGCGAUGGUAUAUAUAUGGAAAGCCAGAUGUUCCAAAAGCUUCUCAAGAGAUUACCUCUGAAGUGUACUCAAAGCUUGCACAUUUUCAAAAAGAUGUUGACUGGGAUGCAGCUGUCCAGUUGGUGGUCAAAGCAGGUGAUCCGUGGGCCCAAUCUUUGCCUACUAAUGAUUGGUAUCGUCUGCGUCGCAGUCUUGAAAUCAUUAAGGCUAGUGGAUCACCUCCAUCUGCUUUUCAAGUUCCAUACGACCUAUUCAGGGAACAGUUUGAUUCAAGUGUAACAGACUGCUCUCUUGACAACUAUUCUUCUGGUGAUGCACAUGAGGAGAGUGAAUCAAUGAAUUUGGACUACGAGUUCGUUUGCUUUUUCCUCUCAAGUCAAAGACUGGAACUGUAUAGAUUGAUUGAUUUCCGUUGUGAAGAUAUGCUGUCAGGAAGUGAUGGGAUUUUGUCUGAAGCAAGAUGGCUUCUUGAUAUUGGUCUUCUGCCAAAUUCAAAUUCUGCAACUCGAGCGAUUGGUUACAGACAGGCCAUGGAAUAUUUACUCGGUUGUAAACAAAGGGGUGGGAGUUCCUCUGAAGAAUUUUAUGCUUUUUUAUGUGAAUUUCAGAAAGCAUCUAGAAAUUUUGCGAAAAGGCAAUUGACGUGGUUUCGCAAUGAGCGCAUUUAUCAUUGGAUUGAUGCUUCUAAACCCAUGGAUGAGGUGCUAAACUUCAUAUAUGAUUCAUAUUACAACCAAAAUGGGAGUUUGACUGUGCCUGAAUCACUCAGUAUGGAGAGAGAAAUAUCAAGCCGCCGAAAAUCAGAACUGAAGGGCUACCGCACUAAAAAUAGGCGCUUUAUCAGCAAAUAUGAUUGUUCCGGAGUUUUGGACUGGAUAAGGAGAACCGAAGGUGAAAAUGCUGCCAAAUUAAUGUCAAUACACAGGUAGCCAGCUUGGCUUCAACCAUCUGGAACCCCAAACAUUAUCUGGAAAUUUCAAAUUUUAGAUUCUUGCUGAGGCUGCGGUUGUGGAGAAUGUAUUAUGUAUGUGUAAAACAGAAGUCUCCAUGAUAUCUUAUGAUGUCACCGAGCUUGUUAUGUUGUGGAAAUAGUAAAGUUUCAGGAUCACUAAACUGGACACUACAAUUAUUAUUAUUUAUUAUUUAUUUUACUUGUAUUUUUUAAAAAAAAUCAUUUAUGAGUUUUGACAGUAAGAAGGUGAAUAUUAUUUAUUUAUUUUUGGAGUUGUUCUCACCUCCCUUCAGGCCUGCACAGACUGAUCAGGAGAACUGUGCGAGGCUUCUUCCACAAACUAGUGUCCAAGUUAGACAAAUUGCAAUAGUUAUUUAAUUUGUUAGAAAUGAUUAUAUAUUAAAUUUAUAUUAUGUUUAAUGACAUACAUGACAGUGACAAAUCAUAGACAAUGUAUAAUGGUUAUUCAUACCUAUUUUCUGAAAAAAGAUACAUUUUGUUUGGAUUGUA